UGGGAUUCUGUGAAGAGGGAUCCCAGCAUGUCCAACACUCCAGGAGUUCCUGAGGCUCAGGUUCCUCCUGCCUGACUACUUACCUGUGUGUCCAGGCAUCCCAGCCUGGCUCACCGUAGAGGGGAAGCAAGCUGACUUGCACUUUCUGCUCACAGCUCCUCCCUGGCUGGCCCGGGUGCCCUUGCGCAAGAGAAAGGGGUUGGCAGACGGUUAGACGGUUAGUCUUUCCCACCGCCCCUCCCUUGCUUGGGACGGAGACAUCUCCCGGAUGACUUGACUCAGCGCUGGGCACUCUCACUUCGCGCCACGAUGGCCUCAGGAGGUGGCGUUGCCCUUCUUCUGGGGCUGCUGGUUCUCUCAGCUGACCUGCCACGUAUCGUGUCGCAAGACCGACCUGGCUAUUGCCUGGAACUCCCUGUCCAGUCUACUGACUCCUCUGGUGGGGGCUCCUGCAACCAGUGCAGUUCGGAUGCCAACUGCCCACCAGGCAAGAAGUGCUGUGGUUCGCCCUGUGGCAACACCUGCCAGGCACCUGAGCCGAAUCUUUGCAGACUUCCUCCUGUCACAGGUCCCUGCAAGGCUUUAAUACGGCAACUGUAUUACAACUGGGGGAAGAAGAGGUGUGAGGAAUUCAUCUAUGGGGGCUGCCAGGGCAACCUGAACCGGUUUGACACCCUGGAGAUGUGUCAGAAAGCCUGUGGGGGUCAAGGUGCGCCCUAGAGCAAUGGAGGGAGCAGGUGAGGGUCUGCCCUGUGGGGAAGAAGAUGGAGCAGCACCCACGGAGCCCUCCUGCUGGGCUCCUUCCUCCCUCCUUCCUGAACCCCAUUCUCCCACCCCUCUGUGGCCCCUGGGAGCCUGCCCUGGGGUGCUGACGGGCUCCUGGAACAUGCUGGGUAAUACAAAACAAUAAAUUUAUGCAAUUGAC